UUGGUUGUCAAAAGGCAGCUGUUUAAUGUUAUUUUUUAGAACUUUGAAAUCCAAUACUUUUAGUAAUUAAUACAACCAUUUUUCCGUUAUUAAAACCCUUCAUAAAUAUUAUGAGAUAGCAUAAUGGAAGAAGAUUUAGGGAAGAGUGCCUGUGAUGAAUCCACAUUAGUUGUUCAGAGCGAUUCAGAGGACGAAUCCUCGGACAGUGAUUUAGAAAUUGAUUUUGACCAAAUAUUAAUCCCUCAAAGAACUUCUAGUCCCAUUCUGUUAAACGAAAACGAUAUUAUUGAAACUUUAAAACACGAAAUAGGCAAACAAAUAGAAGCAAAAGCUGAAAAAACAAAUCUCACUGUUACAAAUGUUAAGACUAUUAUAAGGCAAAUUUUAACUCAUGAACAUGUAAAGGCUUUGAUAGUAAAUGGCCAGGAAUGUGAAAAGGUUAAAGAGUUAGUGUCUUUAUAUGAACCAAAGUUAACCAGAUCCAAAGCUAAGGAAUUACUUUCUUCAACAACUAUUAAAUCUGUUCCACCGCCACCUUGGGUUCCACAGCCUCCAACUUCAGAAACUCAUGUGUUGAUUGGAGAAGAUUUGAAGGAAGAUGAUUCAGGAGAUGAAUAUGUUCCCGGAGAAGAGAGUGAAGAUGAUAAUAAUGAAUCUGCUGCUAGUGAAUCAGAUACCAGUUCAUUACCUCCUCCAACUCCACCAACCCCUGUUUCAAUGGAAGACUCUUCUACUCAAACAACAAACUGGACUGAUGAUGGUGUUUUUAAAAUACCGCCGCCUAAAACAGAUCAAGAAGAUAUACCCAAUAUUGCUUUAAGAACAAGAUCAAAGAUCAAUCUGAGUUCAACCCCAUUGGAAGCAAUAGAACAAAGUUUUGUUCCACCAGAUAUAACAACAGACAUGUAUGAUAUGGAAUGCGAUGAUGAUGUGUGGAAAGAAUUUUUGAAAGGAUUUACACAACCAUUAGAGGAAGUUGCUAGGCCUACUGAUGAUGAGGAACAAGAUCCUGAAUAUAACAUUUUGGCUGAUGAUGAAAUUAAUAAUGUAGAUCGUGAAGAUUUUCGAGUAGAUAAAGCUGUAAAGAUUACAAAAAAAGAGAUUAAGCAAUUAUGGGAUGAGUUGUUUGAUUAUUUACGUGAUCUCUCAGAAGAUUAUGGAGAUCAAACAAUUAAAGAAAACUCUGAGAACACAAAUUUGGAACAGGGUAAUCAGAUGAAUGAAUCCCUAAUGUCUCAACAGUAUUCUGGUGUAUUCUUAGAACAAAGGGAUUCUGUAGAACAGACGCUAAUUCCGGUAAAACAAGAGGUAAUAAUAGAACAGCAACAAAUCUGCAUUUUAGAGCAACAAGUAAGGCAACAUGUUCAAAUGUUAACUCAAAACUUCAUUCUGUCAUAUGAGCAUCCAGAAUAUCACAACUUGAGCUCACAGUUUCAUGAAUAUUUGCUAAAUUUGAAAAUGCUGUCUGAUGGAAAGGAUAUUUCAUUAUUUAAGCCAAUGAAUUUAAAACAAGCACUAGAAUUAAUUGACGAAUGGGUAAAAUUGUUUGCCACCAAUACAUGUGAAGUUCAAGCAACAAGAGAUCAUGUUACAAAAGAGUUGAUCAGAUGUAUUCAGAUGAAAAUGGCGGGAAAUUCAAGCUCUUGUAUUUUGACAUUUCCCAAAUUGGUUCUAGAGACGAUCUUAAAUAGUCAAGUGUUUUUAUAUCCCGCCUUGUUGCCGAAAAUUCCCUUUAAAUCAGAUCAAUUUUUUGGGCCACAUGCUGGUUUCACAGAUGCAGAAGAUAGACUUUUAGUGUUUGGUCUGGCCGAAUUCACGAAAUUUUUAGAAGAGGAAAAACACACUGUGAAAAUUAGUCUCAAGGAAAAGGUACAGUAUAUCCAUGAUUAUAUGAUGCCUCACAAGGAUCCUCAGUAUAUAAUAAGACAUAUAAAUCAAACCAAGCAUCCCAGAUGCGCUACCAACCCUAUCCAACAGUAUUUUCUGCAUGGUAGAAUUAGACCAGUGAUACACUAUAUUUAUCCAUUAAAUCAGGCUGUGGCGCCAUCUCAGAGAUUGGCUGAUGAACUGCCCUAUCAGUGGAGAAAUUUUGUGUAUCCAAAUUAUGACAAAAAUAAAACUAUAAAGGUUAACAAUCCUACUGUUCGUACAUCUAAUUUACCCCAAGUAUUUUUCAUAAAUUCACCCUUUUUGGGAAGUCCUAUUUUAAGUAGCCCUAUAUUUUCAUUCAACUCAAGUCAGCGUAGAACACGGAACACUUCCAAAUUAUACAAUCAAACCCCAAGAAUUAGAAGACAAAGUUGUCGUAAGGUUUUGAAUAGGAGUUUUAACAGUGUUGAUCAAUUUAUAGCUGUAUUUAAGCAACCUGUAUGUGUUCAAAAGUUGAUACACUUUUUGGCUGAAAUAGAACCUGAAGAAAGUAAUAGUGUUCCUAAGGAAGUAUUUCUUAAAGAGGGAAAGCAUAGGCCUAGUAUGCUCAGUAUGCCUAGUUUAAAUACGCCAGCGAAGAAGACAUCUACAAAUUCUGAUGAAGCUUUUACUAAUGUUAAUAGGAGUGAUAAUGUAACUCCAAACAAUAUCCAAGUAAAUGCAGAACAAUUGGCUGAAAUUGAGGCCGAAGAAAGUAAUAGUGUUCCUAAAGAAGUCUUACCUAAAGUUGGAAAGAAUAGGUCUAGUAUACCUAGUUUAACUAUGCCAGUGAACAAGACACCGAAGAAUUCUGAUGAAGCUUCUACUAAUGUGAAUAGCAGUGAUAAUGUAACUACAAAGAAUACCCAAACAAAUGUAGAACAACUGGCUGAAAUAGAUCCUAAAGGAAGUAAUAGUGUUCCUAAAGAAGUCUCACCUAAAGUUGGAAAGAACAGGUCUAGUAUACUCAGUAUGCCUAGUUUAAAUACGCCAGUUAAGAUGAUACAUAAGAAUUCUGAUGAAGUCUCUACUAAUGUUAAUGAGAGUGAAAAGAUAACUACAAAAAAUACCCAAGCAAAUGCAGAACAAAAAAGUUCAUCAAGCUUGCAAGACCAAAAGAAGGAUAAAUUCGCAAAAAAUUUAGAAUUCUCCACCAUAAGUAGCGCCAGUUUUCAGCAAGCAGAAAUGAGUUCAGAGGUUGAAUUCUACAGAAAUUCAAGUGAUGUUCAAAUUUGUCAAACAUCACAGAGCGUUGUGGAUAGAAUUCAGGAACCGGUGCAAGAUAUCACUCAAAAACAAAAGCCAGAAAAGGACAAUUUAGAAGAAUCAAAUGUUAGUUCAGUUCCAACAGUAAAAUCGAAUGUGAGGAAAGAACCUUCUGGAGCAGAAAAAAAGAAAGCAAAACUAAGGAAAGAGUUUGUGGCUAAUUUAUCGAUAGCCACACCUGAGGAUGCAGAAAGUGAGAAGCACAAAAGUGAGAUGUUUGCUCUGGCUUAUUAUGAUAAACUUCGAGAGACUCUAGAAUUAGAAGACUACUAUAAAGUGAUUCAGAUUCUUACGGAAUUUGAAUCGGGUGACGUUAUAGACCUCUACAAAAACAUACAGUGCGUCCUCAGACCAAAGUACGCGGAACUAGCAGAAGAAUUUUUGUAUUUUCUUAAAGAAAAGGAAGCUGCAGCUCUGGACCAGUUGAUACCAUGGAUGGAAGUACAAGCCAGGGUCAAGUUUUGCCACAAACUGGAAAUAUACUUCAAGGACCAGCCAGCUCAACUGAAGAAGAUUUAUAAUUCGUUGGUAGAGUUUUCACAAAUGGAGGAUGUCACUCUGGAGAAGGUGAAGAAUGUGCUUUCCCUUAUGCUGAAGGGAAAUCCUAUACUCAUUGAUUUAUUCCUGCAAAAUUUCAAGGAUGAAAGACCUCCUACAAGCCUAUUAGAAGGACCAUAUGAAAAACUAGACAUAAACAAAGAGCUGGCAAGACAGGAUGAUGAGGAAAUCUAUGAAAAAUUUGUGGUACCUAACACUGAAGAUAAAUAUGGGGGUGUCAACUGUGUAUGUCACUGUCAUAAAAUUGAGGAUAACGAGUAUAAAUCGAGAUACAAACAUUGUAAUUCCUGCGGUCUAAGAUUUAUACAUGGAAAAGUCUAUGUACAAUCUUGUAGGGGAAUGCAUCCGGCCACUGUGUGUUUUAAUACCAGUUCAAAUUCUAGUCAAAUUUCCAGAUUGCAGGAGAAAAAGACCAACAUUUCUGUACCGUUGAGUCACAGAAAAAAAAGGUAUGGCCAUAGUCCCAGCAAACACGUGAGCACUAACGGAAAAGAGCAUGUAGAUGAGGAUACUGAAGAUGAAGAGCUCGGUAAGCGGAAGAAAUCGGUUUCUCAAAAGUCACCGAGAAAGAGGAAAAAAACCGACACGACCAAACCUCUUUCGCCCAAGAAGUCCCCAGGCAAGACUAAUGACUCGUUGGACUGUUCCAAGGACAGUAUCAAACCCAGGAAACGUACGUAUUCUGGAAAGAGGACUAAGAAGGACGAAGUAAAGAAGACUGAGUCGGAAGUUUUGAAGAAGAACGAAAUAAUUGACGAGAAGUGUCAGGAGGAGGAGAUUGAAGGGGAAGAAAAAUUGGAGCACCAAGAAGACCAUCAAGAAACUGAUGACUGUAUGGACUCUUCAGGGGAGUCUUUGGAGAAACCGUUGACCCCUGGACAGCAAACUGCGGAAUCAGAGAGUGAAAUAUACUGCGAGGAAUCGUCCCAAGACAACUACGAAUCAGACAGCUCCAGCUCGUCCAUCGAGAGCACCAAAGGGUCCCAGAGCGACAGCAACACCAACGACGAACCCCCAUGGAAGAGAGAGGAGGACACCAUUAUCCUGGAGACUUUCCAGAAGGAGGACGACAAGGAAUACGCGCUUCAGAUCAUUUCGGAUAAGCUACCCCAUCGCACCAGGGACGACAUUAAUGGUCGUUUCUCCAAAUUGAUGGAUCUGCUGUUAGAAACAUUGAAACAGAAGUAAAUGGGAGACAGAUGUAGUCUUUAAAGACUCCACUAAAACUAUCCCGACUUGAACUAGCUGUGAUAGUAGAAUUAUGUAUUUCUUUUGUUGAGAAGAAGAAUGUUUAAUUGAGUCGUUAUUACAUGAACACGAAAUUGUCUAGAAACGUUGAGUGUGGUAAGGUAUAGGAAAUACACAUAAAAAUCUCUUAAUUAUGUAUAUUGUACUACCAGCUUGGAAAGACUUAAGUUUAAAUGAAUAAAUAUUAGUUUUUUGCCACUUUAAUAUUCUUCUUGAGUAAAGUAGUAUUAUAAAGUUUAUAUGCCUACAUUGAACUGUUCCUUUUUUUAAUUACUAAGUAAUAUUGUAAUAGUAUUGUAUAUCUGUAAUAUAGAUGCAUUUAAAUCAA